CUCCUCCCCCAACCCGAGAGCUACUACUACAACUGUCAAAAUUCCUCGCUUUGUAAACAACUUGAAAUUUCGACUUUUGACUUUUAUAAGUUUCACUAUUUUCAUUUAUUUAAGAAGUUUAAUUUUAUUUAAGAAGGAAAUAUGUUUUCGAAGAAGAGUGGAGAAGGCGCGAGCUUCGUGUCGAAUUGGAAAACUGAGCAAUCACUGGCUGAGGGUGGAGCCCAAACUGAUCCAUUACAAACGGCAGAGCAAAGCAGCCAGGUUCUGGAAUUAUCAGAUGUAGGAGUUCAGACAGAGGAAGAGGAGUCAAAUGCUUCAAAGGCUCCAGAAUAUAAUGAGGAAUCUCUCUUGAUGUUUCUUAAGAAUGUUGGUCCCAAAGUUAUUCGGGAGAUAGAGAGACAAAAUCGGAGCAGAGCUUUCGAUGGAUUUUCACUGAUGGAGAAAGAAGAGUCGUCAGGAGUCAAGGUUUUGCAUACGCUACGUCUGGUUCAGAUUCAGAGUGAGCAUGUUGUGACGGGCAUUGAUUGGAGUUGCACAGGGUCUGUGAUUGUGGUGGUCUAUGGCAACAGAUAUCAUGAAGACUGGUGUGACCACAAAGGUGUAAUAACCACAUGGAAUAUUAAUAGGAGCGAUUUUGACUGCAAUCAGCCAGAAAAAAUCAUAGAAGUAUCGUCUUGUGUACUCAGUGUAGCUUUCCAUCCAAAUAACCCCGCUGUUUUCGCAGUAGGGACAUACAGUGGAGAGUUGCUGGUGUUUGAUUUAUCCCACUCUGAAUCCGUAUCUCCAGUUGUUGUGGGAGACUGUCGUGGGUGUGUGACAACCCUGUCGUGGAUAGCUGCAGACAGAGCCCAUCCCAAGAUAUGCAAUUCUGUCGUUGCUUCCACAAGUAAUGGUUUUAUCCUCGUAUUUAAACUGAAUUUAUUGAAAUCCACAUUUACGCUGAAAUCUGGGUUUAUGCUCCAAAGUCAGGAUGUCCCCAGAGGUAUCCGAGGCCCCAUUGAUGAGACCGAAGGCGUUGAAGUAACAACCGCCUCGUUUAACAAGGAAGACCCAACGCUCUUUGUCAUCGGAGCUGAGGGAGGAGGACUAUUUGUAUGCUCAUCGUCAUCUGAGGUGCCUGCUGGAAGGGAAUUCGAUCACGUCAGAGUAAUGAGAUGCGUGACGUCUGUCCUUAGCCCCCAUACUCCAAAACAAACCGUGAGUGUCAUAUACAGCGAAGAAGUUAUAACAGUUCAGAAUUAUCACCCUCGAGGCCAAUGA